UACAUCAAUAUAUCGAUACGUACUCUAGAUUCAAAACAGAGUAUCGAUAUCUGCAAUAUCGCACACCGCAGCGCAGCAACAGCGACAAAUGAAAGCGUGACGUGAUCCGUAGCGCGCGUCGUUCUGCCACACGUCGCGAGGAAGAGAUAAUGUCGUCGCUCGGGAAAAUUUCGAAUUGCUUGUAGAGGAAAGGAAAAGGGACGCGCCGAUACCGGACCGCAUCAUUUCGCACGUAUCAACACCGGAUCGAGAAAUGGAAGCGGAUUAUCAGCCGACGCCACUAAGCCCGUCACGGACGCUGACAGGGAUAGGUAAUGACUGUGAAGAUCCUUACCCUAGUCUGUCAGAUUAUCACGAUUAUGAGCCCAAUCUGGAAUUUGAUGAUACGGAAUUGCAAACUACUUCAAACAAUGCUACACGCCUUCUAGAAGACAAAUUGGAUUUGGUGAACAGCACCGUUGGUACUAGGGAUGGAUUAUUGGAAAGCCCAGUAAGCGAUGGGACGAUUGAGGAAAACUUUGAGGAAGCUUUGGUAGAUGCUCCAGUUAUCGAAUCUGCGGAAGAUCUUGCUGCUUUGGACAGAGAGCUCGCCGACGAAGAGGAUUAUUUCGACAUAUCCAAACACGGUAUUGUGGAAGUAGUUGGAGAUGACAGUGCCGGUCGCAAAAUAAUUGUUGUGUCAGCCUGCAAAUUACCUCCUAUAGGGAAAGAGGUCUUCAAUCAUGCUAAACUUCUUAGGUAUCUUACACAUACUUUAGAUACAUUUGUGGAGCAAGAUUAUAGUCUCGUUUAUUUUCAUUAUGGCCUUACAUCAAAAAAUAAGCCACCUUUAUCCUGGCUUUGGCAAGCGUAUAAAGCGUUUGACAGAAAAUAUAAAAAAAAUCUCAAAGCCCUUUAUCUAGUACAUCCCACAAACUUUAUUAGGUUUGUGUGGCAAAUAUUUAAACCGGCUAUUAGUGUCAAAUUUGGACGAAAAAUGAUGUAUGUUAAUUAUCUGGAGGAUUUAGCACACUAUAUUAAGUUGGAUCAACUAAUUAUACCUCCUCAAGUGAUAGAACACAAUAAUCAACUGUUAAUAAAGAAUAAGAAAUAUUUGCCAGCAAGUCCGCCACAAAGUGCGGUAGCUACACCAGUUGGCACAACUCAAUUCGGUGCUAGUUUGCAGUUUAUAAAGGAAAAUAAUAACGGUGAUCCGAUACCACCUAUCCUGAGGCAGUGCGUGGAAUUUCUCGAUACACCAGAUGCACUGGAAACGGAAGGUAUAUUCAGAAGAUCGGCCAAUGUGGCGGUGAUCAAGGAACUUCAGAAUCGUUGCAAUCAAGGUUUACCCGUCGAUUUCCAAGGAGAUCCGCACAUUGCCGCGGUUCUACUCAAGACUUUUCUUCGUGAGUUGGACGAACCUCUUAUGACUUAUGAACUGUAUGAUGAAAUCACGCAAUUUCAAACGUUAUCAAAAGACGAACGUCCACGUAAAGUUAAAAUAUUAAUAUUGGAAAAACUACCUGAAGACAACUAUCAAGUUCUUAAAUACGUUGUACAAUUCUUAUCGAGGGUCAUGGAUCGAUGUGACUUGAACAAGAUGACUUCUAGUAAUCUGGCGGUUGUAUUUGGACCGAAUCUAGUUAGAGCACCACCGUCAUGUGGAAUGUCCCUCACCGCGAUAGGAUUCAUAAAUCAAUUCGUAGACUUUUUAUUUACUUAUCAAGAUAAGAUUUUCAUUAUCUAAAAACGCCGAGGGCCUAAUUGUCACGCAUUCGGUUGUUCACAUUAUCACGCGUAUAACGUCCGCACUUUCGUUUUAUUGAAAUAUUUUUAUAUCCGACGUGAGAUAAGAGAAUACAGGAAAAAACACUUAAUGUUCGUUUACACGCAAUUUUGCACAAGAUUUUUUAAUACAAGUAGGUACAAUAAUGUUUUCGGACGAGAGGAUUGAACGUUCGAAUGGAUGCAAUUUACGUGUGUAUAUCUAGAGAGAAAUUACGACCAAAUACCAAAGAUACAUGAGAACGUCACGCAAUGAAUAUAAUAUGUAAGAUUAUCUAAAAACAUAUAGCGUUUAGUCUAAUUUAAAAAAGCAUAGAAAAUAAUAUAUUCAAGGAUGAAACAAAAAUAUUCAGCUGGAUGCCACUGAGAUAAUCACGAGAUCAUGAUUUUAUCGCGAUUUUUUUGUCUCGACUUUUGCUUUAAUUAAUCUUUUAAAUUAUAUAAUU